GGCAAAUGCCGGAAGAGCCGGCAAUAAGUACAUCAAAACUCCGGGAGAUCCACACUAUUUAUCUCCGCAUUAAAUCCGGCUAUAAUGAUCUGCCGGUAUAUUAUUCUCCCACCGCGACAUCAUUAGCAGUCAAACACCUUGUUCUUAGUACUAAUAAAGACGAAAAUGCCCUCCAUCAAAAACUCCACAGUCGUCAUUUUCGGCGGCAGCUCCGGCAUCGGCUACGGCGUCGCCGACAAGUGUCUCUCCGAAGGCGCCAUCGUGCACAUCUCCUCCUCCAACGCCUCCCGCAUCACUCAGGCCGUCUCCUCUCUGAAGGAAAAGUACCCCGAGGGGCAAGUAAUCGGUCACACUUGCGAUCUCUCCCUCCCGGACGUCGAGCAACGCCUCGUCAAACUCUUCGAGGAAACCGGGUCCUGUGACCACAUCGUCUACACCGCCGGGGACGCACUAGCCGUCAGACCGCUCAAGGACCUCGAUCUCCAGUUCAUCCAGAAAGCUGGACACAUCCGCUUCGAUGUCCCGCUGCUCGUUGCAAAACUUGCCCUGCGGCCGGAUUGGGCUGUUGUUGCGGGGUAUGCGGCUGGGCUACACGGGAUGGUGCCCGGUUUGGCGUUGGAUAUGAAGCCCCUGCGGGUGAAUUUCGUUAGUCCUGGUCCGGUGAAGACGGGGCUGUUUCCGGAUGAGGUGGCGGAGAUGUUGGCGAAGAAGACGACGCUGGGGAAGGUGGGAACUGUGGAGGAGGUGGCGGAGGCGUAUGUUUAUUUGAUGAAGGAUACCAAUGCGACGGGGAGCUGUGUGAGCACGAAUUCGGGGUCUUUGCUGAUGUGAUUAUUCUGGUAUUAUGUAGGGCGUAUGCUUGAGGUAGAGGGUAUUGCAACAGGUAUUCGUGCAUUUGUUGGUAAAUUCAACGAGACGGGGUUUUCCAGUUUAGUACCAAGGUGUAUCAGCA